AUGGCAACAUCGUCGGCGUACUCGAGGAAUUUUCUUAUAGAUUUCCACACAGUUGGUGCUGUGGAAGUCAUGGCAGGUCAAUCGCAAGAAGUGGAAGGAAAAAUGGAUGGAAGAAAACUGAAAACGAGAAUGUCAAAGGACAAUGAGUGUCAACUGAUCAUGGAGAAUAGUAAUACAGGCACAAAAGGGAAACUAAUAACAUACGUGGAUAAGUUAACAUGGAUAAUGAAUUUCAUUUGUAUAUGGUUUCCUCCAUCUAUACCUAAAUGGCGACGAGUGCUUAAUUUAACUAUCUGCUUACUUUCCUUUACAUUAGUAAUUUACGGGAUGGCCUUCGAAAUGUACGUGCUGUACCGAAGAGGAUUUGUUCCUGAUCUUGUCACAUCCACAACUACUUGCGGUAUUAUUUGGUCAACUCAGGCACUCAUUUCAGGGAUUUUCUUGGUUCAUUGGCAAUUAUCCGGAAAAUUUUUCCAAUAUCUCAGUAAUACAGUAGUGCAUCAAAAGGGUGAGUAUAUCGCAAGAGGACGAGGAACUCUGAAUGGCGGUGACGUUUAUGCUUGCGCUGGCGACUGGCGAAAAACGCUUUCCGGACGAACGCAGACGGCUGUGCGUUAA